AUGGCUGGCGAAGACAUGAUCAAGAAUGUUGGCGAGGAGGUCCGGCUUGAGACUCUGAAUGGAGUCUCAGCUGAUAUCCAUGACCGUGCGACCAAGGAGAAGGCUCUGGUCAGACGAAUCGACAAACGGAUGAUGCCAUUGAUGAUGCUUUUGUAUAUUCUCAACUACCUCGAUCGCAACAAUAUCGCUACAGCGCGGCUUGGCAACUUUGAAGAGGACAUCGGUCUCGUCAACGAACAGUACAAUACUGUCAUCAGUAUCUUCUUUGUUGGAUACAUUCUCACUCAAGUACCUACCAACAUGAUUUUAAACAAGAUGCGACCGUCUAUCUUUUUGCCUUCCGUUAUGGUUUGUUGGGCAACCGUUAGCGCUUGCACUGGAGCUGUUCAGAAUUAUGAAGGCAUGAUUGCCCUUAGGUUCAUCCUUGGCUUUGUCGAGGCACCUUUCUUCCCCGGUGCUCUGUUUCUGUUCAGUUCAUGGUACACCAAGAAGGAACUUGCAGUCCGUAUCUCAGUCCUCUUUGCUGCUGGUCAAAUGGCCGGCGCUUUCGGUGGCCUUCUCGGAAGUGCUAUCAUGGCUGGGAUGGAUGGUAAAGCGGGACUUGCCAACUGGCGAUGGCUUUUUAUCAUCGAGGGAUGCGCAACGUAUCCUGCCGCGGUGGUAACCUACUUUGUCGUCCCCGAUUAUCCUACCACAACGCCCUGGCUCAGUGAUGAAGAACGCCGGAUCGCCAUCCUAAGAAUGGCGGAAGAUGCAAACAAGGAAGAUGAUCGUGCGGAUGUGUCAGCAUGGCAAGGUGCAAAGAUGGCUUUUGCCGACCCUGCACUUUAUAUGAUCUGGAUUAUGCAACUUGGAUUAAACACUGCCGCCGCUUUCACCAACUUCUUCCCCACCAUUGUCAAGACCCUUGGAUACAGCUCGACCAUCACACUUCUACUCUCAGCGCCGCCAUAUGUCUUUGCUGCUAUUCUGGGUAUCACUAAUUCUUGGCAUAGUGAUCGUGUCAACGAACGAUGGCUCCAUAUUGUUUGGCCGCAGGUAUUCUGCAGUGUCGGCUUCAUCAUCUCGGCUGUCACUCUCAACACUGCUGCGCGUUAUGUCGCUACAUUCAUGAUGAUGUCAAUUUAUGGUUCCUUCGGGUGUAUUCUAUCCUGGGUGUCAUCUUCGCUGCCGCGACCCUCGACAAAGCGCGCCAUUUCAUAUGCUGUUGUCAACGCUGGGUCUAACCUUGCUUCCAUCUAUGCUUCAUACUUCUACCCGUCCACCCAGGGUCCACGAUACUGGCAGGCAAACGUAGCAAACGUAGCCUUCAGCGGGCUUUGUAUUAUUAUGGCGACUAUAUUGAGGUUCUUCCUUGCUUGGAGGAACAGAAAGUUGGAAAAGGCAAGGGAACAUGAUAUUCAGAACGAGGGUACACUUAAUGGAAGUGAGACUAGGGCUUUGACAGAGAGGUGGCAGUGUGGUUCUGAGUAUGUUUAUACUCUGUAA